UUAUAAAAAGGUGUCAUGGCGGAAAUUCUUUCGGUUUGAUUUUGAUUUGUUAAUUUGGAUGUUAUUGGUAUCAAAAAGGAACAUAUCUUUAUGGAGGAUUUUGUAAUAUUCCCUAAAUUUGUGUUUUCUUAUCUAGAAGUGUCGCGAUAGAAAUUAACAGAAAACAGUAGCCAAGAUGGCAAGAAAAAUGUCAAAGAAAGAGUUUGAUGAACAGUUUGAUGCUUUCCUGAGAGAUUCUGUUUCAUCGGAAGAAUCAAUCAGUUCAUCAAGAAUUAACAAGUAUCUUGAACCUAAAAAGAAAAAGAAGGGUGAUGUCCCUUGGUGGAUGCAGGACGAUGAUGAUGACAUUAUCGGAACAGGUACUGGUAAAAGUUUUCUAAAGAAGAAACAGCCUGAACCAGAACACAGUACACCUAUCCGUGAUGAUAGACCAACACCACUGAAGAGUUCCUUAGGGGGAGAUAAGCCAUCUCCUAUAGAAGCAAAUGAUAAACAAAAAGCCAAAACAAAAAAAGAGAAACCAUAUUUCAAGACAAAAACAAGAGGUCCUAGAGGUAAAGCAGAUGCAUCAAUGAGUAAAGACAGCUUAGAAGAUAUUUCUGAGAAAUCUGAAGAAGAGAGCCAAAAGGACAGGAAGAUUCACCUUAAGAAUGACAGCAGUUAUGGGUCCAGGAAUGGUACAGGAAAGCCAGGUUUUGAUACACUUGAUGAAAUCGCAGAAAAAGAGAAAUUUUUCAAGGAUAUGGAACGUGAAGGUACUGUAGAUUAUGGAAGAUUGAACCAAGAUCUGAGUGGGACUACAGGGAACACAUUAUCACCAGAAGGGCCAGCAAGGGGGGCUGCAACACUGGCAGCCCUUGAGGAUAUUGAGGAGGAUGAAGUGGUAAACAGACCUCAAACAUACAGAGAAAUGUCAGAGAGAACAGAGGGUACAUCUAAUCAGAAGCCAAGUAUGUUAUCUAAAGUUUCUUUAAUGGAUUCUAUGGAGUCGACAAUGAACACUACUGGGACUUCCCCUAAAGUAGGACAGAAUACCCUAGAAGAGGCCAAGGAAGUGUUUGAUGAUGUGGAUGGACACGUAGCAGCUCGCCAUUCUCAACCAACAUCCAUGAAAACAGGAACAGAACAAUCAGGAAGCAGUAAACAAAUAUCUGGUUUUAUGGGAACUAACACAUCCAUGGAGAUGGAGGCAGUAUACCAUCAAGCAUUACAGGAGACAGGCAUGACAAAUGAGAGUCAGCCACUUGACAGCUCAUAUCAGGGAAAUAAGAGCAAUAAUUCCCAACUUGUACAGAAAAUACUCAGUGAGCAGCCUAGAACAAAAUCUGGUAAGGAGAGAACAGUUGAAGAAGUACUACUGGAAAUGGAAGAGUUGGACAGGGAGUCAAAGAAAAGAAAAGAUAUAGCUGUGGAACUGUUAGAAGACAGAAGAAAACAACCAUAUAGUCCUAAUGGUCCAGCCAAAGAGAUGGAAGAGAUAAGGGGAUUUGACUUAUCCCCAGUCCAUCAAGAUUCCCCCAGGGGUGGGUUUGACAACUCCCACACAGAGGACACAGAGAUGUACCAGCCUGUCACUCAAGUCACUGGCCGAUCAUCUAAAAGGUCUGUAUCAGAGAGAGGGAGGUCAAAGAGAAAAGAGACAAAAGAAAGGAAAAAAGAUAAAGAUGACUCAAAGGAAAGAAGAAAGAAAGGAUCACCACAGCGAAGGAAGAAAUCACCUAGUAUAUCUCCUAGGAGAAGUAUGUCAGCUUCCAUGUCACCACGGCGAUGGGCACCAUCAGGGGCAAUAACUGAUAGGUCACACUCACCUGUAAAACCUAGUGGAACACUGAAUCCCAAGUUUGCUCAUGUUAAGAGUUCAGGAUAUGGGACAUCAUAUUCUCCAUCUAAAAAUAUGACAAUGAAAGAGAGGCCGAGUAGUUCCAAAGAGAGGCUAGAAGAAAAUGAUAGACAGAAACGAAGAUAUGACAGAAAACUUGACAUUACUGAUAGACAUGAUGAGAGGACUGGUAUCCUGGACAGGAAAGCAGUCACAGAUGUCUGGUCUCCUGUUGAUGUGGCUAAACAAAAGGUCAAAGGAACAGAGAGCCCUAAAAACAAGAAACAGAAAUACAUAGACCCAGGAAUGGAAUCCCAGCUCAAUGCUUCAGUCGAUGCCUUUGCUAAUUAUAUUAAGGAACAUUUCACUGACAGAAAUAUUCCUGAGGCCAAAUACUCUAUGGAUGAGCCAUCAAUAGCAGCCAGCUGGAAGGGAGACAAAUCUUUUGGAAUAGACGAUGAUGUGGGAAGGUUGAAGGAAUCAUUAGAAGAGGAGAAAAGAUUGCAUAGGAAGACAAAAGAUGACCUCAUUCAAGUAGAAAAGGAAUAUGGCAGUAUGAUUGAAAUGCAAAAACAAGAAUUUGAGGAACAAAUAUUCAAACUUAAACAAGAAAUAUUUGUUCUGCAAGCAAAGGUACCUGAGGAUGAGACUGAAAUUAGAAAGAAAAUGGUAGAAGGUUUGACUGAUGGAGCCAGUAAAGGACAGGUUGAACGGUUUGAGAAGGAGCUCAAGGAACAAGAAACCCUGUUGGCAGGAUACCAGCAAGAAAACAAAAAACUGUAUCAACAAUUAAAGACUUCUCAAAAACAGUCUAAACAGGCAGAGGAAAGAAUGUUUAAAGAAAACCAAAAGAUGGCGACAGAAGUGGCAAAUCUGAGGACUCUACUUGAAAGACAAGAAGUGGCAUACAAGAACAAAGGUGUAAUCACCAGCUUACCAGUACAGCAAAACAUAGCUGCAGGGAAUACAGAAGGAGGGGCGGUUCUAGGGGCAGGAAAGAUAGCUAUAUUAGAGGCAGAGUCUAAAGAGGCCAAGAGACAGGAGGAAAAUGCCAAAAGAGAAUUAUCAGUCCUGCAGAAAACUAAGGUGGAACUAGAACAACAUAUUGAUCAGAUAAUCAAAGAAAAGGAACAACUGAGGAAAAAACUGGAGGAAUCUAAAGGACUGAAGUCUGAGGAAGCUAAGGAAAUAGAGGAAAAAUAUAUAAAGGAGAAUGAACGAAUCUCACGAAAGCUGAAGUGGUAUGCUGAAAAUCAACAGAUCCUCGACAAAGAUGCUAAAAUACUGAAAGAAAAGGAGGAGGAAAUAGCUAAACUCAAAGUCAGAAUAGAGGAGUUAAAAUCUGAGACCGGUAAGAAGAAAGAAGAAAAUAAAACGAGAGCCAAAGAGAGAGCAAACGAUGCAAAGAAAAUUCAAGAUUUGCAACGGCAGGUUAAAGAGAUGGAACAGAUUAUCCGUCGACGACAUCCAAACUCUCUGCCAGCUCUGAUUAUGACAGCGGCCAUUGCUUCUGAUGAGAAACCAGGGUCAUUAGAAAGAACUCCUACUGUGAUAGUAUUGGAAAAUCAAUUAAAGAAGUUAGAAGCUGAGCUGGAAACAAAAGAUGAAGAGUCAGAGAGAAUGCUGAGAUCUGUAGAACAGAAAUAUCACACAGUCAAGUUACAAUACGAAGACAGAAUCAAAGAUUUGGAGGCUCAGCUUCAUCUCUACAAGAGGACUGAUGAUAACUCACUGAAGGAGUAUGACCACCCACACACCAGUACCCUGGCUGUACAGAGAGAGUUAGACAGUGUCAGGGAAAGAUAUAAAAAACAAGUCGCUGAACUGCAGGCAGACAUUAAUAACCUUAAUAAUGAACUAAAUAAAACUAAAAGUUCUCAAGAAGUAUCGCUGAAAAAUGAACUGAAGAUGUCGAAGGAUCAAGAAACAGAUCUGAAGAACCAAGUUAAAGUUUUUCGUGCAGAGAUUGAGAGUAAAAACCAUGACCUUCAAAUCUUACAGAAGUCUAUUGAGAGACUGAGGAAAGAAAAACAUUUGUAUCUUGUUAAUGGUUUUACCAAUAAUACAGAUAACAAUAAGAAGAUUAAAGGUAAAGGAAAGAUGAGAAAGAUGGAUGAAGAUGAAACAGAAGUUUUAUCGGAAGUGAAUGGAUUUACUGACAGAGUGAAUGAAAAACAAUAUGAACCUGAAACAUUUGCUGAUAGAACUCAUAUAUCUGAUGUGAUUAAAGAAAAUGAAGUGUUAAAAUCAAAGGUUGAUGAAUUACAGCUAGAGGUAGAUACACAUAGGAUAGAACUACAGAAAUAUCAGGCUCAUUUUGAGGAUAAGAAUCGUAAAACAAGAGAAAAAUAUGAAGAACAGAUUGGUGUACUAAGGUCUUCACACCAGAGGGAGCUACAGAAAUUUUUGGCUGACAACGCUUUACAACAUUCUGCCUCUAAAAUGGCAGAGCUACAGUCAAAAACAGAUGCUCAACAGGUGAUGAUAAAACAUCUAAAAGAGCAGCUAAAUAAAUCGCAUUUAGAUUCAGAACAACUCUCUAUCCUUCGUAUACAGAAUGCCAGUUUAGAAAACCAAAUUGACAAACUGAAAGACGAAUUACAUGAGGCAAAGAAAUUCCACACUCCAGAAAUGAAACAUUUUGAAUCAAUUCAGCAGAAGAUAAUUCAAAUGGAAAAAAAACGUGAAACACGUGAACUUGAACUGCAACAAAUUAUAAAAAAUGCCAAACAAACAGCUUCAGUGGAAAUGGACCAGGAAGUUAAAAAAUGGAAAGGAAUUGUAGAUUCUAAAAACAGCGAAAUCCAAAGAUUUAGAACAGAAUUAGAUUCCAUAUUAGACGUUUUAAAAUUACUCCAAAAGCAAGGAGUUGUAAUACCUGUCAGUGCAGCAGUGUCAUAGCAUUAGCUUUUUUGUAGGAUUAUUCAUUAGAAAUUUGUAUCAAGAUUCCGUCCUUAAUAUUUUCAAGAGAUUUAACUCAGUGGUAUCUUAGAAAAAACUUUCUAUUAUUGGCAUUUUUUAUCAUUUAACUAUAGUGGAUCAAUUUGUUAUGAUCUGUUGUUUCAAAAAGAAAAAAAUAUAUUAGAAUGUUCUGAAUUUAUAUCAAUUUCUAAAAUGUUUUUGUUAAUUAUUAAGCGAUGUCUAUGCGACUUCUUGUUAGGAAUUAUGCAGAUGUUUUGGUUGUAAAAGCAUCAAUUAUAAAAUGUCUACACAAUUUAACGAUGUGGUGCAUUCUAUUUGUCACAUGUGUUGUUUUGUGUUCCCCUAAAAUUGUGUUUUAUAACUGUUCACAUACCUCAUUAAAUGUAAUUGUGAAAAACAAACAUUUGAUAUUGUUAUCUUUUGACGUGAAAUUACUCAGUAUAUGCUGAUUGAUACAUGCUACUUUUCACUUUAAUCUAUGAAAAUUUUCCCCUGAUCAGUUUUAUUUUUAACAGCUACCUUCUACUUUUAACUUAAACAUAGAUAUUUUUGGCUUAUGAAUGUUGAUUUCAACAGCAAAUAGUAUUUUAUCUAGUCUUGUAACAAACUGACCAGGAUUUGUAUUUGCAAGAACAUAAUACUGUGAGAUUUCUUUGACUUGACAUUCAUUUUUCUUAACAAUGUAUAUUGAAUAUGGGUCUUUUUUCAUUCUAUUCACUUUUUUUUUGCAAAAUCUUAUGAAAGUUACAAAAUCUUUUUUAUAAGUUGUAUCCAAGAGUAUUUAAUCAAAUAAAAAAACUUAUUGCGUUUGGUUGAUGCUUUUUGAAUGAGGAUCCAUCACCAAUUUGUGUUACACUUUUAAAUUCUUUAGAAAAGCAUCUAUAUAGGUAAUUCUGAUUAUGUGACUGCCUCCCUUAUCAGUUGUCUCCCCUUUAUUUCCUCUAGAACAUUGUCAUUAAGAGGUGUUUACUUUGUUUACCAUUUGGAAGUACCAGAUUUUAUUUUUAAAUACCUUUUUAGCUCACCUGGCCCAAAGAGCCAAGUGAGCUUUUCUCAUCACUUGGCGUCCGUCGUCUGUUAACUUUUACAUAAAUCUUCUCCUCUGAAACUACUGGGCCUAAUUUAACCAAACUUGGCCACAAUCAUCACUAGGGUAUCUAGUUUAAAAAAUGUGUCCGAUGACCCCGCCUGCCAACCAGGAUGGCCGACAUGGCUAAAAAUACAACAUAGGGGUAAAAUUUAGAGCAAAUCUGUCAUGGGGUAAAAAUGUUCAUCAGGUUAAGAUCUAUCUGCCCUGAAAUUUUCAGAUGAAUCAGACAACCUGUUGUUGGGUUGCUGCACCUGAAAUUAGUAAUUUUAAGGAAAUUUUGCAGUUUUUAUACGACCGCAAAAAUUGAUAAUUUUUUGGUCGUAUAUUGGUAUGACGUUGGCGUCGGCGUCGGCGUCGUCGUCGUCGGCGUCGUCUGGCGUCGUCCGGCGUCGUCCGAAGACACAUUGGUUUUCGCACUCUAACUUUAGUUUAAGUGAAUGGAUCUCCAUGAAAUUUUACCAUAAGGUUCAAUACCACGAAAGGAAGGUUGGGAUUGAUUUUGGGGGUUAUGGUACCAACAGUUAAGGAAUUAGGGGCCAAAAAGGGGCCAAAAAUAAGCAUUUUUGUAACUUCCAGACAAUAACUUGUGACAUUGUACCACAAGGUUCCAUAUCACAAAGGGAAGGCUGUAAUUGAUUUUGGGGGUAAUUGCCUCAAAAUUUUAGGAAUUAGGGGCCAAAAAAGGGGCAAAAAACAAGCGUUUUUCUAGUUUCAUGACAAUAACUUGUGUGUAAGUGUUUGGAUAUUUCUGAAAUUGUACUACAAGGUUCCAUAUCACAAAGGGAAAGCUGGAAUUGAGUUUGGGGGUAAUUGCCUGAAACGUUUAGGAAUUGGGGGCCAAAAAGGGGCCAAAAAUAAGCAUUUUUCUAGUUUCCAGACAAUAACUUGUGUUCAAGUGUAUGGAUCUCUCUGAAAUUGUACUGCAAGGUACCAUACCACAAAGGGAAGGCUGGGAUUGAGUUUGGGGGUGAUGAAUCAUAAGGGGGUUCAAAAAAUUUGGGGGGGGGGAUUUUUUUUCUUUCUUUUUUUUUCUUUUUUUCCUUUUUUUUUUCUUUUAAAAUUUUCCAUUUUAAGUUGGUUAUUUCUGAUUAAUAUUUAAAAGCAAAUGAUAAUGAUAUGGUAGGAGAUACACACCAAACAGGAUGUGUAAAUUAUUAUAUAAUAAGUAUUGUGCAAUAGCAAGAAAUUUUCAAUUGCACAGUAUUGCACAAUUGCAAGAAAUCUUCAAUUGCACAGUAUUGCACAAUAGCAAGAAAUCUUCAAUUGCACAGUAUUGCGCAAUAGCAAGAAAUAUCCAAUAGCACAAUAUUGCGCAAUAGCAAGAAAUUGUCAAUUGUACAGUAUUGCACAAUAGCAAGAAAUAUUCAAUUGCACAGUAUUGUGCAAAAAGAAGAUACUUCCUAUAAAUUGCUUAUUUCUUGAUCAAUUUCAAUGGGGUUUUAUUCUUGAAUUCUUGGGGUUCUUUAAUAUGCUGAAUCUAACCGUGUAUUAAGUUUUUGGAUUUUGGGCCCCGUUUUUAAAUUGGUCCACAUUGAGGUCCAAAGGGUCCAAAAUUUAACUUUGUUUGAUUUCAUCAAAAAUUGAAUUAUUGGGGUUCUUUGAUAUGCCGAAUCUAACCGUGUAUUUAGAUUCUUAAUUUUUGGUUCCGUUUUCAAAUUGGUCUACAUUAAGGUCAAAAGGGUCCAAAAUUAAACUUAGUUUGAUUUUAACAAAAAUUGAAUUUUUAGGGUUCUUUGAUAUGCUGAAUCUAAACAUGUAUUUAGAUUUUUGAUUAUGGGCCCAGUUUUCAAGUUGGUCCAAAUCAGGGUCCAAAAUUAAACUUUGUUUGAUUUCAACAAAAAUUGAAUAUAUGGGGUUCUUUGAUAUGCUGAAUCUAACCAUGUAUUUAGAUUUUUGAUUUUUGGGCCCCGUUAUCAACUUUGUCCACAUUGAGGUCCAAAGGGUCCAAAAUUAAACUUUGUUUGAUUUCAUCAAAAAUUAAAUUCUUGGGGUUCUUUGAUAUGCUGAAUCUAACCAUGUAUUUAGAUUUUUUAUUUGUGGACCCGCUAUCAAAUUGGUUCAUAUUGAGGUCAAAAGGGUCCAAAAUUAAAAUUUGUUUGAUUUCAUCAAAAAUUGAAUUAUUGGGGUUCUUUGAUAUGCCAAAUCUAACCGUGUAUUUAGAUUUUUUAUUUUGGGUCCCGUUUUUAAAUUGGUCUACAUUAAGGUCCAAAGGGUCCAAAAUUAAACUUAGUUUGAUUUUAACAAAAAUUGGAUUCUUGGGGUUCUUUGAUAUGCUGAAUCUAAACAUGUGUUUAGAAUUUUGAUUAUGGGCCCAGUUUUCAAGUUGGUCCAAGUUGGGGUCCAAAAUUAAACUUUGUUUGAUUUCAACAAAAAUUGAAUAUAGGGGUUCAUUGAUAUGCUGAAUCUAAACAUGUAUUUAGAUUUUAGAUUUUUGGCCCAGUUUUCAAGUUGGUCCAAAUUGGGGUCCAAAAUUAAACUUUGUUUGAUUUCAACAAAAAUUGAAUAUAUGGGGUUCUUUGAUAUGCUGAAUCUUACCAUGUAUUUAGAUUUUUUAUUUGUGGGCCCGCUAUCAAAUUGGUUCAUAUUGAGGUCAAAAGGGUCCAAAAUUAAACUUUGUUUGAUUUCAUCAAAAAUUUAAUUAUUGGGGUUCUUUGAUAUGCCAAAUCUAACCGUGUAUAUAGAUUUUUAAUUUUGGGUCCCGUUUUUUAAAUUGGUCUACAUUAAGGUCCAAAGGGUCCAAAAUUAAACUUAGUUUGAUUUGAACAAAAAUUGAAUUUUUGGGGUUCUUUGAUAUGCUGAAUCUAAACAUGUGUUUAGAUUUUUGAUUAUGGGACCAGUUUUCAAGUUGGUCCAAGUUGGGGUCCAAAAUUAAACUUUGUUUGAUUUCAACAAAAAUUGAAUAUAUGGGGUUCUUUGAUAUGCUGAAUCUAAACAUGUAUUUAGAUUUUAGAUUUUUGGCCCAGUUUUCAAGUUGGUCCAAAUUGGGGUCCAAAAUUAAACUUUGUUUGAUUUCAACAAAAAUUGAAUAUAUAGGGUUCUUUGAUAUGCUGAAUCUUACCAUGUAUUUAGAUUUUUUAUUUUGUAGGCCCGCUAUCAAAUUGGUUCAUAUUGUGGUCAAAAGGGUCCAAAAUUAAACUUUGUUUGAUUUCAUCAAAAAUUGAAUUAUUGGGGUUCUUUGAUAUGCCAAAUCUAACCGUGUUUUAGAUUUUUAAUUUUGGGUCCCGUUUUUUAAAUUGGUCUACAUUAAGGUCCAAAGGGUCCAAAAUUAAACUUAGUUUGAUUUUAACAAAAAUUGAAUUCUUGGGGUACUUUGAUAUGCUGAAUCUAAACAUGUGUUUAGAUUUUUGAUUAUGGGACCAGUUUUCAAGUUUGUCCAAGUUGGGGUCCAAAAUUAAACUUUGUUUGAUUUCAACAAAAAUUGAAUAUAUGGGGUUCUUUGAUAUGCUGAAUCUAACCAUGUAUUUUGAUUUUGGACAUUGGACCAUAAUAGGUAAAUUAAAAAAAUUGAAGUUCUUAGACCACAUUCUUUCUGUGUCAGAAACCUAUGCUGUGUCAAAUAUUUAAUCACAAUCCAAAUUCAGAGCUGUAUCAAGCUUGAAUGUUGUGUCCAUACUUGCCCCAACUGUUCAGGGUUCGACCUCUGCGGUCGUAUCAAGCUGCGCCCAGCGAAGCAUUUUAUUGGUUAUUAUCUUGAAUAUUUUUAUAGGUAAGAGAUAAACUGUAUACAGCAAUAAUGUUCAGCAAAGUAAGAUCUACAAAUAAGUCACCAUGACCAAAAUGGUCAAUUGACCUCUUCAGGAGUUAUUGCCCUUUAUAGUCAAUUUUUAACAAUUUUUUGUUAAUUUUUGUAAUCUUUUACAAAAAUCUUCUCUCCUAAACUACUCCGCUAAAUUUAACCAAACUUGGCCACAAUCAUCACUAGGGUAUCUAGUUUUAAAAAUGUGUCCGAUGACCCCGCCUGCCAACCUACAUGUCAGAAAUGGCUAAAAAUAGAACUUAGGGGGAAAAUGCAGUUUUUGACUUAUAUCUCUGAAACUAAAGCAAAUGUAUAACGGUUGCAUUAUUUCAUGCAUCAAUUGUAAAUAAAAAUAUCAGGUGAGCGACACAGGCUCCUUGGAGCCUCUAGUUAAAGAAUAAUAUAAUGUGUACUUUUGUAUGAUGUUGUACUUUAUAAAACACAUGUAAAGGCAACCUGAUUAAAGGGAGAUAAUUUCUAAGAGUUGUCUCCUUUUCAGUACUAGAAUUAUUUAUUAAAUAUGUUCUUGAAAUGAAUAUAAUGUGCACUACCAAGAUUUUGUAUGAAGUUUUAAGAUACACAAAAGUUCUGUCAAAUACUUAGUUUUGUUUUAGUUUUAUUAUAUAUUUUAUUUUAUUUAUCAUUAUCAUUAUUUUACAUCUUGUUCAAAAUUGUAUACAUAAAAUGGAAAAAUUUUAUAAUAAAUUUACAAUUAUAUAUUUGUAUGUUUUAUAAAUUCAGUAGAAAUUUUGA